AUGAUGGAACUGUCUGAGCAAGACUCGGCCGCUCCGGCUUCCAGGUGCGCCGCGAAUGACGCCAGGAUGACGGGGUCGCCUCAAAGUGGAGAAUCUCUGCAGAAAGCUUUUGAAACACGCCUCCAGGUCCCCCCUGGGAAAGCUCUCGCGUUUUUGAUGUUCCUCCAGGACCACUACCGCACAAAUACCACCUUCUUUCUGGACGCCGACCAGAAGGUUCCGCUGACUUAUUCGCGAAUCAGAGAGCUCCAUGGCGGCGCCUCGGCGGAGGCACUCAUGGGCAGAACGCGGUCUUUUAAAGAGGGAUGCAGGCCGACCGAUGAGAGAGGAUCUCAGACACUCUCAAGAAACAUCGAUGGUGGAAACCAGGAUGGUGGCGAACCAAACGCCCCGACUCCUGUUCGGGUAGCGGCCUCCUCCGACGGCGCCGAGUGCUGGUGCAAAUCGUUGCUUUCUUUGAAGGGGACUCUGGCGAUUCCUGUCCAUCUCUCUCGCUCCGGAAGUUCCAAAGAAAUGGAAGAAGAGGCGCAGAAAGCCGCGGAGUUCUUGAGGGCAGGACCACAAGACCGACUAAGCCUCAGAGAGGGCUUGCUCACUCGGGCCAUACUCAACUGCGAAGUGGAGAUCGGAGCUGCCGGCCACCUCAGAGUGUGGCCGAGAAAUGGAAUCGCCGAUCCGGCGGAUGAAAUUCUUGCACGGGAGCACCAAGCACACGUGGAGCGAAGGUUUGCGGAAAGCGUUCGCAGCAUGGAGGAGACGAGGCAACGGGCUGCAUGGGUCUCAGAAGCAAAGCCCGAAGACGGCCACACGUCAGCCCAGGGCGCUCAAGAGGCUGCUCAGGGCGUCUCUCUCCAGUUGGUAAACUUGAAAUCGGGAGAAGCCGAACCAGGGGAGAAGUGCGUGCGUUGCUCCUUCAGCGACCGCACGGGUCUCGCUCGCUUUCGAGAGACAGUCGCCUCAGCGCUGGGGCCCGACUUUUGGCCCAGGGACGGAGACGAGGAACGAGCCCCAGACCGACGCGGGACGGAGGUCCGCGGCACGUUUGCCGGUGCACAGCCUCUCCUACGCCAGCUUCUGUUCGUUCUAUGGGGACCCGCAGACGACGACGUCGCAGUGUACCUCGACGAAGACUCGCUGCUUUUGCCCGAGGACGCGUCGAAGGGUGGACAGGCAGCCUCGGACAGCGACAGCGGCGGAGCAGGGAAUAGCGGGUUUCGUCGCGGGAAGAAGGACGGCCGUUUGGUGAACUAUACUUUUGCGCCGCCAGCGAGCGACGAGAGUGGCAGCGACGACUCGUGGAACUACGAGCCGUCGUCCUCUUCGUCAGACGAAGACUCAGAUGACCCAGACUGUACCCCGUGCCGACCCCCUGGGGCGAACCCAGUGGUAGACCUGCCUGCGUCGGCGCCGCGACGGAGACUGGUGAAAGAAUCGGAGGCCGAGGGCGGAGGGCCCGGCGCUUCGUGCUCCCGAAGCGAAGACGCCCCGUCCACAGCUGAGGGGCGAGACGGCAACGGAGAGACACACGGCCCGCGCGCGAAAAGUGGAGGGACGGGCUCACGCCCCCGAAGAUCCCCGCUGCACACCGGCGACGCAGUGCGGCAUUUCAGUCGGCGAAUUGAUCGGGCCAUCGCGUUGCUCGGAGGGAGCUGCGUCCCGCUUGUGAACUCCGUGUGCCCCACAGACGCACGGUGGAUGGUGGCAGGCGCGACGUUCACCAACCGGACAAGCGCGUUUGGUUCAGCGACGACCAGCGUCAGCACGAGUUGCAGCUCGAUGGCCUUCUGCUGUUCACACGCUUGGGAAGUGCUUUUGCUGUUGAAGAGCUCUCAGCACGUGAGCGACGCGCUCGCGAGGCCUCUGCACGGCUGCGUUGAUCUUUUGCUCGAGCUGCCUCGCGGUCUCAGCUCCCCGAGCGAGCAAAACAGCGGCGCGGCGGCGAGUUCAGACCCUGCCAGUCUCCCAGGGGGGGGGCGUGCCGGCCAGCCAGAUGCAGGGUGCGUCUCCGACGCGGCGGGCGAAAACCAGGAGGCGUCUCCUGGGAAAGCCGAGCAGAAGGAAGGGAGACGAGCCACUGAGGAGAUGCGUCUGAGGCGGGCAGGAACGGGCGGUGCGGCAUCGUCGGCGCAUGCAAUCAGAGAGUAUUCCCGGCACCGCGUAGCCCUGUCGCUGUGGGCGGAUGGCGAGGAUGGCGACAAGACAGGCGGCGCCGAUUGCCAGGGCCCGUCGAACCCGAGGCCGUCGGAAGAUGAGGGAAACUGUGGAAGGUCGUCCCUGUCUAGCGAGUCAAAGGUGUUUGGAAAGCGGGGGGUUGACACUCAGAGCACCGGACAAAAGGGUGGAAACCCUGUUUGCUGCUCCGCUCCAUUACCAGUCUCUGCGAUGGCGUGGCGAGAGCGCGUGACCGUUCUCGAUGAGCUGACGCUGGUGGAGACGAAACGCUUGGAAGAGGGCAUGGAGUUCAGGUGCUUCAUCAACGGAGGCCAGGUCGUCGGCGUCAGCCAGCGCUACCUCCAAGACUACUUCCCUUUUCUGGUCAACAAGCCGCAGCUCCAGGCCAGAGUGAAGCGCGCGAUCGCCGCCUUCGUGGAGUGUGCGGUGCUCGGUUCUGAGGCAAGUGGCGCUUCGAAGAACACACUCAAGAAGCAACCUUUCCUCCGACGCUUCGUCAUCGACGUCUAUGUUCAACGGAGGCAGAAAAGGGAAGAAGGAAGGACUGCGGGCGAAGAACUCCCCGGCCGCUUCAAGUGCUGGCUUUUGAACGUGCUCCCUUGGGGUAGCAAAACGGAGCCUUUGCUUUUCACGUGGGAUGAGCUACGGACCUUAUCGUACACUUCGCCGGUUGCAAGCAGUUCUGUGAACGACGAAAGCGGCCUUCCGAGCGUCGGUCGGGGAGCAGAGGCUCAAAGCGCGGCACCGAGUGAAUCGGACUUGCCGGACCUGCGAAUCAUCGAGGAUCCAGAAGACGCACAUGCGUCGCUUCGAGACGGGACACUUCAGCUCCCUAAGGAGCUGCAAGAUAUUGCAAGGGUUGCAGGAGGCAGAGGGAUCGAGCGUGGAGGGCCUUCCCUUGACGAUCUCCUCUAUGACCUCCAGGCCGCUCAUGCAGACGCUCUUCGAUCGCAAAAAAAACAUGCAACCAAGCAGGGGAAAGAUCAGUAG